GCCGGGCUCGGGCGGCGGAGCGGUGGGCGGGCCGUCACCUUCGGGAGCCGGGCUCCCGGCGCUUCCUCCGUCUCUCCCCCCCACCCCAUCCCCGGCCGGUCCCUUCCGUUUCCCCAGCUCCCGGCGUGACAUCUGCGGAGCGGGGACCUGGAUGCGCGCGCGCGCGCGGGAGCGGAAGAAUGGCAGUGCUCAAACUCUGCGACCAGCCACCACUGGUCCAGGCCAUCUUCAGCGGAGACCCAGAAGAGAUUCGUAUGCUCAUCCACAAGACGGAGGACGUGAACGCGCUGGAUUCUGAGAAACGAACUCCGCUUCACGUGGCUGCCUUCCUGGGAGAUGCAGAGAUCAUUGAACUCCUGAUUUUGUCAGGAGCUCGCGUCAAUGCCAAGGACAACAUGUGGCUGACCCCGCUGCACCGUGCUGUCGCCUCCAGAAGUGAAGAGGCAGUGCAAGUAUUGAUUAAACACUCGGCUGAUGUCAAUGCGAGAGACAAGAAUUGGCAGACCCCCCUCCACGUGGCGGCUGCCAAUAAGGCUGGCAAGUGUGCAGAAGUGAUCAUUCCACUACUGAGCAGUGUCAAUGUCUCUGACAGAGGCGGGCGCACAGCCUUGCACCAUGCAGCUCUGAAUGGACACAUGGAGAUGGUCAAUUUACUCUUGGCCAAAGGGGCAAACAUCAACGCAUUUGACAAGAAGGACCGGCGUGCUCUCCACUGGGCAGCGUACAUGGGCCACCUGGACGUUGUCGCACUACUUAUUAACCAUGGCGCAGAAGUUACCUGCAAGGAUAAGAAGGGUUACACCCCCCUGCAUGCUGCAGCCUCCAACGGGCAGAUCAGUGUUGUCAAGCAUCUCCUGAACCUGGGGGUAGAGAUUGAUGAAAUCAAUGUCUACGGAAACACAGCGCUCCACAUUGCCUGCUACAACGGGCAGGAUGCUGUCGUUAAUGAGCUCAUCGACUACGGUGCUAAUGUGAACCAGCCCAACAACAGCGGCUUCACCCCCCUGCACUUUGCAGCAGCGUCCACACAUGGCGCUCUGUGUCUGGAGUUGUUAGUAAACAAUGGGGCCGAUGUGAACAUCCAGAGUAAAGAUGGCAAAAGUCCCCUGCACAUGACGGCUGUCCACGGACGGUUCACGCGCUCACAAACCCUCAUCCAGAAUGGAGGCGAAAUUGACUGUGUGGAUAAGGACGGCAACACCCCCCUGCAUGUGGCUGCAAGAUACGGUCACGAGCUCCUGAUCAACACCCUAAUAACUAGCGGAGCCGACACAGCCAAGUGUGGAAUCCAUAGCAUGUUUCCCCUCCAUUUAGCUGCCCUAAAUGCCCACUCUGACUGCUGCAGGAAGUUGUUACUAUCCGGCUUUGAAAUAGACACCCCAGAUACGUUUGGAAGAACGUGCCUUCACGCUGCUGCUGCAGGAGGCAAUGUAGAAUGUAUAAAACUCCUGCAGAGCAGUGGAGCAGAUUUUCACAAAAAGGACAAAUGUGGGAGGACCCCUUUGCACUAUGCAGCCGCGAAUUGCCAUUUCCACUGUAUUAAAGCAUUAGUGACCACAGGAGCCAACGUUAAUCAAACAGAUGACUGGGGACGGACAGCCCUGCACUAUGCCGCCGCGUCAGACAUGGAUAGGAAUAAGAUGGUCUUAGGAAAUGCCCAUGACAAUGCUGAAGAACUUGAAAGAGCAAGGGAAGUGAAGGAAAAAGAUGCUGCGCUAUGUCUAGAGUUUCUGCUUCAAAAUGAUGCAAACCCAUCCAUCCGGGACAAGGAAGGCUACAGUAGUGUCCACUAUGCUGCCGCCUAUGGCCACAGACAGUGUCUAGAACUGCUCUUGGAAAGAACCAAGAUUGGUUUUGAAGAGUCAGGUCGCGGUGCUCCCAAGAGCCCGCUCCACUUAGCGGCCUACAACGGGCACCACCAAGCCUUGGAGGUCCUUCUGCAGUCGCUGGUGGACCUGGACAUCAGGGACGAGAAAGGCCGGACGGCUCUGUACCUAGCUGCUUUCAAGGGGCACACAGAGUGUGUGGAAGCGCUUGUUAACCAGGGCGCAUCCAUCUUUGUAAAAGACAGAGUCACCAAAAGAACUCCACUUCACGCCUCAGUCAUUAACGGUCACACGCUGUGUCUGAGGCUGCUCCUCGAAAUAGCAGACAACCCAGAGGCAGUGGAUGUGAGAGACGCCAAGGGACAAACCCCGCUGAUGCUUGCAGUAGCGUACGGACACAUCGACGCCGUUUCCUUGUUACUUGAGAAGGAGGCAGAUGUAGAUGCCGUUGACAUAGUGGGAUGCACAGCCUUGCAUAGAGGGAUUAUGACAGGGCACGAGGAAUGUGUGCAAAUGCUGCUGGAACAAGAAGCGUCGAUCCUCUGUAAAGACUCCAGAGGGAGGACGCCCCUGCACUACGCGGCUGCCCGGGGCCACGCCACGUGGCUGAGUGAGCUGCUCCAGAUCGCCCAGUCUGAAGAGGACUGCUAUCUCAAAGACAACCAGGGCUACACACCGCUGCACUGGGCCUGUUACAACGGUAAUGAAAACUGCAUAGAGGUACUUUUGGAGCAAAAAUGUUUUCGAAAAUUUAUCGGUAAUCCCUUCACUCCAUUGCACUGUGCAAUAAUAAAUGGUCAUGAGAACUGUGCAUCGCUGCUACUGGGGGCCAUAGAUUCCAGCAUCGUCAGUUGUAGGGAUAACAAAGGCAGGACAACCCUCCAUGCAGCAGCCUUCGGUGAUCAUGCGACGUGCCUGCAGCUGCUUCUGAGACACGAUGCUCAAGUGAAUGCUGUAGAUAAUUCAGGGAAAACAGCGCUGAUGAUGGCUGCUGAGAACGGGCAGGCCAGUGCUGUGGAUAUUUUGGUGAACAGUGCCCACGCUGACCUGACUGUGAAGGAUAAGGACUUGAACACUCCCUUACAUCUGGCUAUCAGUAAAGGCCAUGAGAGAUGUACCUUGUUAAUACUUGACAAGAUACAGGAUGAGAGCCUUAUUAACGCGAAAAACAGUGCUCUGCAGACACCCCUCCAUAUUGCCGCACGCAAUGGCUUGAAGGUGGUAGUUGAGGAGUUGCUGGCCAAAGGAGCCUGUGUACUUGCUGUAGAUGAAAAUGCUUCUAGGUCGAAUGGACCCCGUUCUCCACCUGGAACGGCUGUGCGAAAAGAAGAAUGAGGCUUUAAGAAUUGCAUACAUACACAUGACACAUGUGAAUAUUUAUGUCUAUACUUCGUCAACCAGCUAUCCAUGAGGACCAAAAUGUUUCUGCCUAAACCGGGAGAUUUUAAACUCUUUCUUUCUAAAUGCAAGUGAGAACUGUUGUAACUUUUCUAUGGGGUUAAAAUGUAAUCUUUUUUGCAUACCAGUCUUUGUUGUAUUUUAUAUUUCUAAUGACACAUUUCUAGUUGACUGCUUGACAUUUGUAACUGAUGGUAUGUUGACAACAGGUUUUUGUUUGUUUAGUUUUCAAACUAGAGAAUAUGUCCGUAUGCUUUGAUGUAAAUGUGUUUGUAUUUAUUUGAAAUGAAACAAAUGCGGAGGAAAUAUCCACUGUUUAGGUUUCUCUUUUUUUUCCCCUCUGUCCCUUUCCCUCUCUCCUACCUGUCCUCCCUCCCUUCUGACCUCUGUCUCUCCCCAUCUCUUGUUUUAGUUGCUACCUACCUAUUUAGAAUAACAAAGUAGGUGGGGAAGAGCCUGGACUCUGAGCUAGCCAAUAGCUCUAGGAUUAAACCCAGCAUUUCCCACUUCCACCAGCUGGCUCUUGGGUUUUACCAUUGCUUGGCCCGGCUUUAUAGCCAAUCAGAGCCCUUCUGUGAGAUGAGAACUGAUGUAGCAGAUUAUCUAGAUACAGGUAGCCCAAAGAAAGACCCAGAGACUACAGAAACUACACCAAAAAAUACCACAUGGUCCUGACAACUGAAUGGGAAAUGAUACCAAGUACGGGCACUAUGCCAAGAAAAGGAAUUAAAAAACAAACACAAGCCUGAGUGCCAUAUUCCAUGCUGAAGAUCCAGGAAAGCCGCAGCAGUGGGGCACAGCUUUACAGUGGAUUCUCUCUUCUCCUUUGAAUGUUCUAUUUUAUAGCAUUUUAAAAACAGUGUCCUAUCACAUCUGGAUCAGACCCGGAGAACGUAUUCUGUUGUUUUCGUCAAGCUGUAAGAGCCCUUACUCUUUUAAUAUCCUGGAUUUAAUUAAAAUUCAUGUUGGCUCUUCACAAAUGAAAACCUGUUCAGUGGUUUUAUAAAACUGAUAAUGAUUUUAUAAAAAAAAAAAUUUUUUUUUUUUUUUUUUACACCAGCAACAUUUUGUUUUCAUUUUUACAUUCUUGGUGUAAUGUGCCUCGCCAUCUGUUUUUGUUGUUGUUGUUGUUUUGUUUAGAGCAGGUGCAUUUUAAAUAAGGAGACAGCCGGCUAAUGAGCAGCGAUGACCUCAUCUUUAGGGAACCCUGAAGAUUAAAGCAGCUCUCCCACUGAAGAGGUGUGAUUUGCUGUAGCAUUUCUAUAGGAAUGGAAGUCUUGCUGGUUUGUCAUUUAAGGCAGGAAAUGAAAUACCUGCAUUGCUGGUGAUGCAGCAGAGAGCAAAGGUGUCCCUUCAGCAAAGAAGUGACCUAGCAGGAACCAUUGUGUCCACAGAGAUGCACUGACCUUCCCUGGCUCUUUCUGAUAAAGGACAAAGGGACACGAGGAAAUCAAGCUUGCCAAUAGCCGUUCUUCUGAGCUGGUCUCUGUCUUUCUGUCUUUCUACUUGUCUGUCUGUCUCCCCUUCUCUGGCUCUGCUCCCCAUUCCCCCAUCCAACAAGACCAAAUUUUUUUUAGAAGAAAUAACUUUUUUAGAAGAAAUAACAUCUAUAUAUUUCAGUUGUCUCAUAAAUGCAGCAUCGCUUUCUGAGGGGAAAAUACUUUCAGUCGUCCCAGUGGCUCCGUGUUUCUACCGAAAUGCAUUGUUCUUGGAAUGUAUUUUAGCCACACCACAAGGACCAUGUUCCACUGCACAUCCUUGUUCACUGGUGUCUGUCUGUCUCUGGUAAAUUCAUUACUAUCUCCAAAUUGCCUAACGUCCCAGUAAAUAAUAGCUCAGGGGAUUUCUAUUCAUCACUACUAAAAGGGCACCAUGGUAUGUUCUGGGACUUUGGGCAGUAAGCGGUGGCUUGAGUUAUUGUUGAGAAAGAACAAGAACACCGGAUGGAUUUGCUGCUCUAGUUACACCGCGCACUGUUGAGCAGCUUGGUUUGCGGACCCGUUGUGCUGGUCGAGGAGUUCACCCCUUUGUGGUCGUGUGACAUGACGUUAGAGUGCCUUUUUAUAUUUGUAUAUCCUGGAAAUGUUCCAUGAAAUGUUCUGUAUUUUUCAUUUGAGUGUUAUUGAAGCAAUAUAAUCCUAGUGAGUUUCCUUUCUUUGAAUGUACCUCUCCUGUUUCUACCCUCCCCUUUGAACGAAAAUGCUCAAGUUUUCUAUAGGAAUUGUAUUUGGCUUUGCAGUGCUCAAAUGCUUUCUUCUUACAGAACUGUAAACCAUAGGUCAGUAUUAUAGGGGAACAGCAUUUUAAGAUAGUGACAAUCUGCGUGUGUGUGUGUAAAAUGUAAUUCUGUGAGUUUCCUACACAGUGAUCUGAAGCUCCAGUGCAAGAAUCUUUUGUUUAGUAGUUUUGUCUACAGACUACGCUUCGGCAUGUGCAAUAUAUCCUUGCAAAGCACGAUGAUACACAUCUUGUGCCAGUGUUAUAUUUUGUAUAACAUAUUUGUAACAGCAUAAACCACUAUGUAAUUUCAGUGGGAUUUUGUCUGCAGUUUUAAAAUGUGGACCAGAGUUGAAUGACUCUGAUAAGCGUCCUGAGUGUAAAAAUGAGGAAAAUCGCUUUGGGUUCAGUGAAGGACUUUGAACUGGACUGAACCUUCCCCAGCACAGUUUCAUACUUUUGCAACUACUGAAUGCUCUAAUAAUGCAAUGAAGUACUUACCUGUAAUAUACAAUGGACAUGCAUUCAGAUGGUUAUUUUUACAAAUAAAAACGGUACAAAUAUUGUU